GGAGCCAGAACAGCAGGUAAGUUGACAUUGUCCACAUGGCUUCAGAUGGAAACCUCCGACAAGCUGCUGAUGCAUGGCUAUCCAGCAUGGAAGACAACAGGCAACAUCUUCAGCAUAUGGUCUCUCUCCUCUCUGUCUCCACUCCGCCUCCACCAGCGGUUGUUGGCGGAGCGAUCGCGAGGGCGAAAUGGGUGGAAACCGUGAUAUAGACGAUGUUGGAGGUUAUCUGGGUGCUGGAGGAGGGGCCGGCUCCGGAGCUGGACGAGUUUGUUGACUGGCGUCAGGUGGACGCCCUGUCCAGCGAUUGUUACACGCUCCUUGACGAGCGGCUCGAGGGAGGUGCUGACUGGGCCAAGCGCUCAGGAGGGGAGCUGCCAAUCACCAUGUUGGCCAUGGUCGCACCAGCAGCACCAGCUCCAACAAUCUCACCGACACCUGCAACCAUGUUUUCAUCACAGGUCACCACCAACAACAACAACAACUACACCAACAACAAUAAUAAUGUGCACGACAGUGGCAUGGAAGGAGUGAUCCUGAGCUCGUGCGCGUCCGGGAGUGACAACAACCACAACAACCACAACAACCACAACAACAACAACAGCAACAACAACAACAACAACAGCAACAACAACUACAGCAACAACAACAACAACAACAAUAACAACAACAACACUGACGGUGUGCACUGCGCUCCGCUGUUAUGUUGGCGCCCGCGUUGUCUUCCGUUUGCUGCCGUCGUCGUCGACUGUUUCAUGGCUGACGUGUUCUGCAGGCUGCCGCUGCUGCUCCUCGUUGUCCUGUUGCUGCUCCUUGUGGUUCUCUUCCGCGUGUGCAUCCUUGGGAAUGUGGCGCCGCGUCAACGCAAAACAAGGACUUCGAUGAAGUACGCCAGGAUGGAGGCACGGCAGGCGAUCCCCCGGUCCGGUGGGGAGCAGGUCGGAGGGAGGCGGUGCGGAGGGACCCUGUCGACCAUUGGCAGGGUCUCCCAGCGGGUUGGGUGUGAUGCAUUGCCACCGCACUUGCAACCACUCCCCGGCUCAUCGGACGAGGAGGAGGWGGUGGAGAGACGGCCACAAACCGUGUCGUUGGGCAGCGGAUCAACGYAGGAGYGGUCAGCCACGGAGCUGUGSGGGAYGGGCGGCSGCGUGUACGAGCAGUCGUUCACUGAACUCCUUCGGCCUGGCCUUGGSGAAGACGAAGGAGAUGGCCGCGUCAACCUGUCRUUYGGUUUGUCCACCGGGCGGUCUACAACUCCAUCGCGCACAGUGCUCGUGCGACCCCACCCYRGCGACGAAGGCGGGSAAUUGACAGCUGUUGAUCGAUCAGCGAGGACGAGGGCGUUGGCGAGUGAGACGGCGGGAGCGAACCGGAACUCGUCGACGGCCCAACCACGGGCGGCUUCUCUGUCCAAGGGCGCCCAGGGUCGGCCGGAGUGGAUGCAGUUGCCAUCUCCCCUGUCUGCGGCGUCGGAAGUGGCACGAGGCCGUGGCGUCGGAGUCGAUGGCGGGACCGACUUCUUGGAUGUUGGUGAUGGUCGCGACGGGAGGGAGGUGUGGAGGGACCUGCGGCGGGAUCACCGGCUGCCGCGAGAGGAAUACAUCACACAUGGGGUGGAGCGUCUUCACGUGGGAGACCGGAAGAACGAGAACGAGACGGACGAUCCACCGGCGGAAGCAGACGACGACGACGACGACGACAAAGACAACGACAUAGAGUGUGGGGAAGGGGGGGGUGGUCACGCGUCGCCAUCGUUGCAGACCGACAUGGCUGGUAAGGGCGGGAAGUCCAAGCCUUCCGGCCGCAAUGCUCGUUCGCGGGUGAAAAAAGGGCAGGGAAAGAGGAGCGGUGGCGAAGGCGACGGUGAUGCGGAGGAGAAGCGCAACUUCUGGUCCGUGGAACACAUUAUAGCCCUCAUAAGGGCUAAACGUGACGAAGAUGCGCAUAUGCAGGGGAUGGGGCACACAUACGCACGAAUGAAACCACGGGAAUGGAAAUGGCAAGACGUCGCCCAAAGGUUGAAGAACGUCGGCGUGUACAGGAAUGCGGAGAAAUGCGGGAAGAAGUGGGACAAUCUAAUGCAGCAGUUCAAGAAAGUCCAUCACUUUCAAUCACCAUCAGGGGGUGCCAACUUUUUCCAGUUCACGUCGAAGGAGAGGGCGAUCAGGGGCUUCAAUUUCACGAUGGAUCGCGCAGUUUAUGACGAGAUAGAGGGGUCGACUGGGAUGAACCACACCAUCCACCCGAGGAACGUGGCAGACACCGGUGUGUCUGGCGGUGUGCGCCCGCCUUCGACGUCUUACGUGGAUCCUGACUCGGUGGCGGACGGGGAAGGUGGUGCAGGGCGAGAAGACGACGAGGAGGGGUCGACACGAGGCUCUUCGCGGACGACGGGCACCCCCGGCGGUUCUGGGAAAAGGAAGAACACGAGGCAGCAGACUUUCGAGGCGCUGACGGAAUGCAUGGAGAAACACGGGGAGCUGAUGGCGUCGACGAUGGAGAGUGCGAGCAAGCGGCAAUGCUCUAUCCAGGUCCGGCAGUGCGAGGCGUUAGAAGCGGAGGUGGAAGUGCAAAGGAAGCACUAUGCCGCGUCAGACGAAGUCAGCAAACUCAUGUUCUGCGAACUACCGACCGCGAUCGAAGGCGCUUUUGUCGGAUCCGCCAUGUCUUCCUACGGAGGUGGACGGGCGAAGGCUGCCUUGAAGCAGAUCGUUGAAGGCGCGACCCCCGCGAAGAAGGGACGUCAUCAAGCGAAGAGGCAGAGGAAGGGCGUCCAAGCCGUGGCCGCUGGCAGUGCACGAGAUGUUGUGGAGGAGGCUGUGGUGGAGGAAGAGAUGACGAACGACGACGACGACUUUGAAGAUGACGACGAUGAACCAUUGCCGAGGAAGGCAAGGGUCGGUUCCGCGGGGGGGAUUAGAAUAAACGAGGGGGGGGAAGGGACACCGACCGCACGGCGCGGCGGUGGCGUUGCCGCGGCCAACCAACUAGUCUUCGUCGACGUGGCACGCGACGAUGGCGCGCGACGUCGCAAGGAGGGACGUCGUUGGCUGUGGGAUGUCGCAACUCCCGCGGUGGCGGCGCACGGCGGCACUGUGGCAGUCCCGGGAGAGGCGGUUGAAGUCCCGAAGGGAGGAGAUGGCGCGGCGGGCGGGGAAGACGACGAGGCUCUGGUGCACAGGCUGCGCGGGCAACGAGUGGCGACACAUGCGAUGGAUGCCGCCGCCAAACUUUGGGAGGAUGACAACAGAUUGUGGAACGACACGCAGGGGAGCGCCGUAGUGAGGAUAAUCCAAGAAGCGCGCGCGUAUCUCGUGGCCGUGGCGCGGGGAGUGCAGUCUCCGACUAUUCGACGGAGCAUCUCCCUUUUACACAACUCCAUCCCCCAACACAAAAUCGAGGACGAGUCGGAGCUCAACGUGGUGAAAGAGAGGGCGUUGAAAGUGCAGACAAUCUCCCUCAAGGCGAUCCACGGUUGGGUCUUCAAGUCGGAGAGCAGGCAAAGGGGGUAUCACAUGGCAUACCAAUACGCGUUGAAUCAUGCUACCACGGACAUCGCUAGAGCAAUGUGGUCAGCAGAGGACUGGCGCAGUUUGGUGAGCCCAAUGUUGUUCCGCACCACAUUGAACGCAGACAUGAAGUUGCCUUUGUGGUUCAUGGGCGUGAACAUAGUGGACAGGCACGAGGACGAUGAGUGCGCGGCUUACCAGGAAGCUUGUGUCCAGCGUCUUGUGCGGGAUUUCACAAGCGCAGUUGGCAUGAUAGAAGCUAUGGACGGCGGUCGAGAGUCGUACGAGCGUCUGAAGGGGAUGGCAGAGGCGAUGAGGUAUUUGCUCGCCGCCACGAUGAGGAUUAUGCGAAUGGCGAGGGACGAUCCGAGAUCGCAUUACGACGCUUCGGUUUUCGUUCAACUGACGGCGAAGACGACGCUGCUGGCGUCCAUGAACCGUCAGUUCGACGCCCGCCAACACAUCACGCAAUCCGCGCAGGUCAUGACGGACAAGUUGGGGAGACCGCCUCCAACCUUCGCCCCCCCACCUGUGUACAUCCCCGAUUGGGCGUCUAAGUGCGGGGUCACUUUCUCGCACGACGCCACGUUGGCCUCCCCGAUGGAGGCGAAACGGUUGGAUUGGCUGGGGACAGGUCCCCCCGAGGAUGACGACGACGACGCCGAAGGCGAUGACAAAGGCGAAGGGGGGUGACGCGUAGACGACGUUGAUGGCGAGGGCGAGGAGGGGAUGAUGCGCAGGCCCUGUUGA